GUUAAUUAUAAGAAGGAAGUGAGAGAAUCACAGAGAGCAACUGAACACAGCUCAUCAAGCAGGCCGUCAUCAUGGGGGAGUGGUCUUUUCUGUCCGACCUGUUGGACAAGGUCCAGUCUCACUCCACAGUGGUGGGGAAGGUGUGGAUGAGCGUCCUCUUCCUCUUCAGGAUCUUCAUCCUGGCCGCCGGCGUGGACACCAUCUGGGGAGAUGAGCAGGCCAACAUGGACUGUAACACCCUGAGCCCCGGCUGCAGGAACGCCUGCUACGAUCGCUCCUUCCCCCUGUCCCACACUCGUUUCUGGGUCCUUCAGAUCCUCACCGUGUCCACACCUACGCUCAUCUACCUGGGCCACGUGCUGCUGGUGAUCCGCAGAGAGAACAAACUGAGGAGACGCCUGGAGCAGAAGCUGGGGAAGGACGGGAUGAUGAAGGCUCCGAAGUAUUCAGAUGAACGUGGUAAAGUGCAGCUGAAAGGGGUCCUGCUGUGUAGCUACAUGAUGCAGCUGCUGCUAAAGAUCCUUCUAGAAGCGGCCUUCCUUGUAGGCCAGUACUUCCUGUACAACUUCAUUUUAAUGCCUACAAAGAUCACCUUCUCAGAGUACCCCUGUGACUCCCCUGUGCACUGCUACAUAACCCGACCCACAGAAAAAAGCAUCUUCAUUGUCUUCAUGAUGGCGAUGGCCAUUCUCUCAGUGAUCUUAAAUAUUGUGGAGGUGUUCCACCUGAUGAUCUCAAAGCUCUGCCAGAAGAAACGUAGGAACUCUAUCCCCCCAGAGAUGUACCGGCCUGACAAACUGAACCCGGACUCCAAAGAGAGAGUAACUCUUUGUUAAAGGUUGUACUCUCCAGCUCAGCCCUCUCCAGACAUUGCCAACGUAUUUGUACAAUUUAGAAUGUCUGCAUGAGUUUGCUUGCAAUUGUUGCUGGACUGUUUCCUCUCCUAGGCACCUGUCUCAUCCCACAGAUGAUAUAACUUGACUCUUGUGCUGGAAUUAUAUGAUUCUGACUGCAUUCUGAAAAGUGAAAAGUGAAAUUUCUACUACUUUUGCAAAUGUAUAUUUUGGAAUAGUUGAAUGCAGAGAGAACCAACUAAUCCUGAAACUCACGUUCUUCUUGGACUUCUGAUUCCAGGGACAGAAAAAGGGAAGUCAAUUAAUAAAACAUGAAACCCGUCUCACUCCGUCUGCUUUUAAUAAAAACAUGCUAUUAAUGUGCUUUUUCC